GUGAGAGAGAACUGGUUUUAAGGCUUGGGGCUUUGUGUAGAGAAAGCAGGGGGUAGGAGGUUAAGGAAGAGGCUAUAGGAUUGGGCAGGGACUGAAACACCACAGAGAGAGGAAUUGAGAGGCGGGCCAGUUGGUAGCCCAAGGCUUACUACAGUAGAGGAGGCAGCUCUGCUGACUAGGCCGCAGCGGCCAUGGCCGUCGACUUCGGAGACCCCAGGAGCGGUUUCCGCCACAGCGAGGUGGUGGUGUUUAUCAAUGAAGAGGUGCUCAGUAAUGGUGGUAGCCCAGACUUCUACCUGACCUUCCGUUCACGGCCCUGGAACGAGGUGGAAGACAACCUGCAGUCCGUCGUGGCCGACCCUCAGGUGCCGCGCGCCAUUAAGAGGGCGUGCGCCUGGAGUGCCCUGGCCCUCGGGGUGCGAGUGGCCGCGAGGCAGCGGGAGCAGCAGGCGCGACGGGUCAGGCGGCUGAGGGGUCAGGUGGAGGAGUGCGAAGGAGCCGCCUGGGCUCUGGCCUCGGAACUGCAGCGGCUCCGUGAGGAGAAGGACGACGUGGUUUCUCAGUUGCAGAGUGCCAGAGAUGACCUGAAGCAAGCGCUGGGGGAGCGCGAUGCCCUGCGUGAGAGGCUGAUCCAGUUGGAGCUGUCCCAGGAAGUCGCUCCUAAGUCGCCAGAUGAGCAGCACAGGAUUGAGGCAUGGCCUGUGGAUGCAGGGGGAAGGAGAGAGGCGCUUGCCACAGGGUCGCAGGGUACGCAGGAUGUGGAGUCUGAGGCCCAGAUGGCAUCCCCAACAGCUCCAGGAACUUUGGGUGAAGCUGAAGAAGCUCUGGCUCCCAGUGUGUGA